AUGCGUCAAAACAAUUACCCCAAAGCGGACGCCAGACAGAGUCGGGUCACGCCCCUGUCGCCGCUUGCCACCGCGGCUACAAAGGCCCUCAUUGCCUCUGCGGGCGAUUGCGUCCCCUGCGAGCCCAGCAAUGCCCCAUCCAUUGCCCCAUCCUUGACCUUUUCUGACGAGUCGGACGAUGCCGAGGAACCAGCUCGCCCCGAGAAGCCGCGACAUCGCCGCGCUUCCACGCGGCUCAUUGCCCAGAGCGCCCGUGACAUCCAACGUAUCACCGGUGAGACGACGGCUGAGUUUGUCGGUCGAUGCUGUGGUGGCGGCUGUUGCUUAAUGGGUAGCCAGCGUCCUGUCGGCGUCGAUUACGAACCCCUCGUCCUGCCCGACAAUGCAGCAUUCAAUUCUCUCGGUCUCAAGUUUCCCGAGGAGAUUCCCACCAAGCUUACAGCUAUUCUCGAUCCACCAGCCAAGGUUGUCUCGUUCAAGUCGAUUCCUCGCCCUCUUAGCAACCCUUCAGACUCGGGCAUUUCCAUGGGUCCCGAUGGUGACACCUCCUCCAUUGCCUCUGUCGGCAACACCUCGGAGCCCGUGAAGCUCAAGUCUCUUGACACUUCUAUUCAACCCCCCAGAUUUGUGCAACCACACCCUCCAUAUCACGUAUACCCUGCCAAGAUACAUACUACUCGCGAGCUCACCAGGGAUGGUGCUGAGAAGCGCACAUACCACUUUGAUUUGGAUGUCACCAACUACCCCGACCAAGAGUCCAACGACUUCAAAGUCGGCGGUGCUAUUGGAGUUCUUGCCCCCAAUGACGAUGCCGUUGUUGACGAUGUCCUUGACCGCCUCAUGGUCCCCCACUUCGUCCGCGACAAGCAGACUCUGAUGACCACCACCUCCGGCCGCUGGCCCACUGUCUGGGGUGACGAGAAGCCUCGUGAACUUGUCACCACCCGCCGCGAUGUUCUCAAGUGGUGCACCGACCUCCAGUCAUACCCUCCCACCAAAAAUGUAUUCCGCGUCCUUGCCGAGCACGCCACUGAUGAGGUAGAGAAGAAGGUCCUUCUGUUCCUCUGCUCCGCUCAGGGUCAGGGUACAUUCUGCGAUAUCCGUACAGGUCCCCACGUUACCGUAUCUCAGCUUCUCUAUGCCUUCCCCAGCUCGCAGCCACCUUUGGACGAGCUUCUGUCCGUUCUGCAGCAGCUCAUGCCUCGCUUCUAUUCCCUCUCCAAUGACCCUCACGACUCUUACCAGAUCCGUGACCAGAAGCAGCACCGCUUGAUUGAAAUUGCCGUCACCGUUCAUGAGACGAGUGACUGGCGCAAGGGUUCUCGAACUGGUCUCGGUUCUGGCUUUUUUGAGCGCCAGGCCCAGCGCUUUCUCCAGGCUCAAGCUGUCGGCGAGCCCAACCCCGAGGUUUACAUUCCCAUGUUCAAGGGACUCAUGGCCAACCCACUUGCCAAGGAGUUCAACUCGGAUGGUCCCAUGCUCCUCAUUGGCGCUGGCGUUGGCAUCGCUCCCUUCCGUGGCUUCGUCCAGCGCCGCCUCAAGCAGGCCAACUGCGCCAACAAGGUCUGGGUCCUGCAGGGCAUCCGUGAUUCCCUGGUCGACGAAAUCUACAGCGGCGAGUGGGGUGUGCACGAAGAAGAGGUCAAGCGUGUUGUGCAGAGCCGGCGUGGCGAAGGACGAUAUGUCCAAGAAGAGGUUCGCAACCAGGCUGACUUGGUCUGGUACAUUGCCAACUCGGUUGAUGGGCGUGUUUUUGUCUGCGGCAGCUCCCAGGGCAUGGGUGAAGGUGUCGAGGAGGCACUCAUCGAUGUCGCCAUGUCAAAGGGUAACCUGGAGCGCGACGAAGCCCGCAACUUCUGGGACCUGAAGAAGGAGGCAGGACAGUAUAUUGCCGAAACCUGGUAA